ACUGAUGCACUGUACAUUCGGCCGGCUGGCACUGCUGUUAGCCAGCACCUUAAAACACUCCCUUCGCAGGGCUGCUUCCUGCUCUGCUCUCUUUGACUGUUGAUUAUUUUAUUGGUUUUGGUCAAACAACUUCCUCCCACCACCUCCGCUCUUUAAUAUUCAUCUCUGCCCCGACCCUAGCUUGGAUUAACUGGAUUUUGCUUAAGCUGUUUCAUCUUAUUACUCUAUACGUUUAAAGGGAUGGGUUCCUCCCACUCUAUGCCAGAAGAGAUUCAAGAACUCGCUGACAAGACUGGCUUCACUUUGGAACAAAUUGAGCAUCUUCACCGGAGAUUCAAGCAGAUAAGUGGGGACCAGCCAACCCUCCGCAAGGAGAGUUUUGACAGGAUCCCCGACCUGGAGUUCAAUCCAAUUAGGUCAAAAAUUGUCCGGGCCUUUUUCGACAAGAGGAACCUACGGCAGGCGCCGGAUGGGUUAGCUGAUGAGAUCAACUUUGAGGACUUCCUGACCAUCAUGUCCUACUUCAGGCCCAUUGAGAUGAACAUGGACGAAGAGCAGCUGGAUCACUUCCGGAAAGAGAAACUAAAAUUUCUCUUUCACAUGUACGAUUCGGACAACGAUGGCAAGAUCACCCUGCAGGAAUACAGAAAAGUGGUGGAGGAGCUGCUGUCUAGGAACCCCCAUCUGGAGAAGGAGUCGGCGAGGUCAAUUGCGGAUGGUGCCAUGAUGGAGGCUGCCAGCAUCUGUGUGGGACAAAUGGAGCCAGACCAGGUGUACGAGGGAAUCACGUUUGAAGAUUUUCUUAAGCUGUGGCAGGGGAUUGACAUCGACACCAAGAUGCACGUCCGCUUUCUAAACAUGGAGACUAUUGCACAUUGCCACUGACCUCUGCCAGUCCACAGAGCCACUGACCUGCAGGGCGAGGGGAGUGGAGCCUUGGGCAGAGGAGCCAGGCCAGUGACCUCCAAUGGCAGGUCCAUGCUUUGGGUAUCAGAUGUCUGUCAUUUUGCUACUGGUGUGUGUGAUUAAAUCUUAUGAGGUCCCUGUGUUCCCACAGGGGCUGCAUUGUAGAAAUGUCUGGGGAUUAAAUGCCGACUCCUUUGUAUAAUAAAAGAGUUUUGUUUUUUA